AUGGUUGAGAGUCAGGCACUGAUGUCAAUUAAAAGACAAAUUGAUGAACUGUGUGGUAAACUGGAUCACUUAGUGGCGACCAUUACAAGUAUACCACAAGCUCUAACCCAACCACAACAGUUGAACAUUACUUUGUUUCAGCUGUUGUCUCAUAAUUUAAGCCUAUUUAAGACCAAUGUGACCGUCGAUGGCACCGAACCACUGUUUCAGUGGUCGGGUUGCGAAACACCACCUGAUCUUCAACUGUUUGUCCAUAACAUCCGGUGUUCGGUCAUUGGAUUGGCCGCCGAACUACGUAUUUGUCGAACAUUGGCCCAGAAAACCAAAGGCCUGUACGAUGUUGUCAUGGAUGAGGGACACUAUAAGGAACUGGUCUAUCAGCACAUGGAUCCGCCGGCAUCAUCAAUGACUGAGUCAUCGCUGAUGCAAAUGGGUUUCCCAACCUAUAUGAACGAUAGCCAAACUCAGGCAUCGAUGUGUGUCUGCCAUCUGAACAAUGCAUGCAAUUUCAGUACAACCGGCUAUUUGUGUCCGAAAUGUCAAUCAAAAUACUGUGAUCUACCGGUCGAGUGUCAGGUUUGUGGCCUAACAUUGGUAUCGCCGGCACAUUUGGCCCGUUCCUAUCAUCAUCAUAGUUUCCAGUCGAUGUAUUCCAAGAGCUAA